UGCAGUGAGCUAUGAUUGUGCCACUGCACUCCAGGCUGGGCAACAGGGUGAGAUCCCAUCUCAAUAAGUAAAUAAAUACUAAAUAAGCAUCUAUCUUUUUAAAAAAGUAAAAAGAAAUAGUUAACAUUAACUUAAAAAUAUUUUUAUUUAACCCAAUGUAGUCAAAAUAUUAUUUCAGCAUGUAAUCAGUAUCAAAAAUCAUUAAUGAGAUACUUGAAACUUUUUUUCAUAUGAUAUGUUUAAAUCCGGUGUGUUUUUAUACUCAACAGCACAUCUCAUUUGGACUAGCCAUGUUUCAAGUGCUCAGGAACAACAGAACUCAUGGCUACAGUGCUGGGCAGUGCAGUCCAGACUCUACCUUUGUUAACAUGAUCAGGAUUGCUGUGGUGUUGUGGCUGACACAUCAUCCUGGUUCAGCAGGAAGGGGUCGUCAAGUGCCUAAGAGUUGGGGCCUCUGGGUGGUAGGCAGUCAGGAUCCCAGUCUUGGUUCCAUUAGUUCACUAUCUAUGUGAUGUCACUCUUCCUUUCCAGGCCUCAGCAUCCUCAUCUGACAAGCACGAGGUGAGAAGAAGAGAGCAGCACCUGCUCGGUGCUGGGAACUCCCUGGGGUGCUCCCCAUGUGCUGUGUUACAUAUUCCAUGAAAAGUCCAAUGUUGUAGGUUUUCUUCUCUCUGCUUCAUUCACACUUGACCCCUGGUUAAUCACAGCUGGUGUGUUGAUUGCUUCUGCCCUCCUGGCCACCAUGGAUACCAGUGGGGCUCAGUUGCAGGCAUGCAGCCCUCAAACCUGGAGCCCUAAAGUAUGUCUUCUUCAAACUUACUUCUCUCCUGCUUCCUGUCUCUGAUAAUGGCACACUACUUACCCAGUACCCAAGCCUGGAAGCACCUUGACUCUUCUUCCUCUCCCCUUCUCCCUUCUUUGUUGUGACUCUUCCCUAAGUCACAGACUAAGGACAAUGAUGGCAGAGCUUUGAUGCGUGUCUGCAGGUGGCGGGCCCCUGCUACAUGGAAACACCUCUGCCUGCCCAGGUGUCUGGUCUGUCAUUUGCAGAGUGGUCCCAGCCUCUCCCUGCACCUGGUACUGUUCUGUUAGGAUGUAUUGGAGUGAAACCCAGACAUCACAUUGCCCACAGCUUCCUCCCUCAUUGUCUUCCUCCCCAACUCCGCUAAUCCAGGUGACUUUUCCUUCCUGACCACAGACACUCCUUCCAGUCCAAGAGCCACCUGUGUGACUUUGAGAAAAUCACUUCACUUGACAGAAUCCCAGUGUCCAUGUGUAAGAGAGAGGAGAAUUCCAUCUUCCUCCUGAGGCUGGUGGCAGUGACAACUGAGACUGUGUGAUAUGUGAUAUGUGACCGUGCCUCGCUCAGCACUUGGAGUAAAUGUUAACUGUGACUGAAUCCUUACAAGUCAUUUUAAGAACAACUUAACCUUACUUACCUAAACUGAACCCUCACUGGGGCUCCUCUGUGAGCUCUGCGUGGCUUUCCUCUCAUUCCCCAGCCACCUGGGUCUUUCUAGACUAGCCAGGAAAGCUCCCCAUGACUUCUGAGCAGGGAGCAAAUAUGCAGAUGCCCACUUCCUUCUAGGAAAAGCCACUGAAUCAUGGUGCUGAAGGGGAGCUUGGUGGUCAUGCCGGGGGUACCCCAUUACCAAGACCAACCGUCUUCGAAAAUAAGACAGGACAUUCAGCCAGCCGUUCGGGGUGACAGACUUUCCAUCCCAGAACCAUGGCCCAAUUUGUCUGUAACCUUGUGGAGAAGACCCUGGCGCUGGUGAACACUGCUGUGACUUAUUCGAAGCCUCAGUUGGUCACAUUUUGGUACUAUGCCAAGGUUGAGCUGAUUCCUCCCACCCCUGCUGAGAUCCGUAGAGCUAUCCAGAACCUGAAAGAAAUAGUCAAUAGUGCUCAGAAUGGUAGCUUCAAACAACUCACAGUUAAGGAAGUUGUACUGAAUGGUUUGGUGACCACUGAGGUGUUGAUGUGGUUUAUGGCGGAGAGAUCAUAAACAAGUGUGGCAUCACUGGCUAUGGUGUUUGAAGACCAAUCUUUAACAUCUGGUUAUAUUUGAGUUAUUAUUUGAGUAUUGUUGGCCCAUGUGUGAU